AUGCACCAUCAGUGGCUGCUGUUAGCUGCAUGCUUUUGGGUGAUAUUCAUGUUCAUGGUUGCUAGCAAGUUCAUCACACUGACUUUUAAAGACCCAGAUGUAUAUGGUGUCAAGCAAGAGCCAUUAAUGCUGACGGCUAUGACAAAAGUUGAAAAGAUACAAGUGCCAGAGGAGAAAUGUUUGCCUGAAGAAUUUCAGCCGACUGGAAACGUUUUUUCUGAAGAUCUGAUGCACCAACCCCUGGUCCAUGUGAAAAGGAUUGAGCUUCUCAGGAAUGUGUGCAGAGAUGCAGCGUUGAGAAAUCUCUCUCAUACUACCGUUUCCAAGUUUGUCUUGGACCGAAUAUUUGUUUGUGACAAGCACAAGAUCCUGUUCUGUCAGACUCCGAAAGUGGGCAACACUCAAUGGAAAAAAGUCUUGAUUGUUUUAAAUGGAGCAUUUUCUUCCAUAGACGAGAUCCCAGAGAACAUAGUACAUGACCAUGAGAAGAACGGACUUCCACGCUUAUCCUCCUUCAGUGACUCUGAAAUUCAAAAACGACUGAAUUUAUACUUCAAGUUUUUUAUUGUAAGAGAUCCAUUUGAAAGACUUAUUUCUGCAUUUAAGGACAAGUUUGUCCACAAUCCUCGAUUUGAACCUUGGUACAGGCAUGAAAUUGCUCCUGGCAUUAUUCGGAAAUACAGGAAGAAUCGCACAGAGACCAGGGGGCUGCAGUUUGAGGACUUUGUGCGCUAUUUGGGGGACCCUAACCACCGAUGGCUAGAUGUUCAGUUUGGUGAUCACAUAAUUCAUUGGGUAACAUACGUGGAACUUUGUGCCCCAUGUGAAAUAACGUAUAGUGUGAUUGGACACCAUGAAACCCUGGAGGAUGAUGCUCCAUAUAUCUUGAAAGAAGCAGGAAUAGACCAUCUGGUAUCAUAUCCCACAAUUCCACCAGGAAUAACGGUAUACAACAAAACAAAGGUAGAGCGUUAUUUCUCAGGCAUUAGCAAGAGAGAUAUAAGACGCCUAUAUGCCCGCUUUGAAGGAGACUUUAAACUCUUUGGAUAUCGGGAACCAGAUUUCUUGCUAAACUGA